GUUGCGGGUCGUUGCGCGACAGUUGCGCAUUUUCGGUUUUAGGGACUUCGUACUGAAUUUACCGCUGCACAUGCGUGUGACGAGAGCCGAGAGCAGCGGCUAACGGAAAGUGCAAGUGAAUUGCAGUCGAAAAUAAAAUUAAGAAAACAAGCAUAAAAUAAACAAUAAUUAGUGCAGUGUGGCAAAAGGAAAUGCGCAAUGCCAAGCAAAUAUUAAAAAAAAAAACAUAAACUUAAUAAUGUGAAAUCUUAAAUGCAGUGACAGCAGUAUUUGUGCUAAAUACUGACCAAAAAACUUGCGCAAGCUCCAAAAAACAAAUUUAUGUUUAUUUUACAUUAUCGAUUGUUUGGUUUGUUUGUGGUUUAUUAACGUAACUCGGCCAAGUCAAGCCCAGCGCGCUGUAACUUGGCUUAUCAUAAAAAGGCAUUAUAUGCAUACGAUAUCAGGAAAAGCAAAUACCAAUAUUCCCGCUGCCAUUAGCACAUGCCCGAAAAACUCGAGUAGCAGCGCAAUAUCCAAAUAUUUGUGUGUGUGCGUCUCACUCUAGUUUGCUGAUAAAAAAUGCCCACACACGUCAACGGCAAGGUGCAAUAGCAUAGGCCCAACCCCACCCCCAACUCCCACUCCCACUCUCAAACGCCCACGACUUCGCUAAUCAACAUGAAGAGCGUCUGCGAUACGACGCCGCUGCAGCGCUUUGAAAGUCAAAGCAGCAGCAGCGAGGAGCCAUCUUCACCAACGACUGCAAGUCUUUUAGCUGCCGCCGCCGCCUCUGCUGCUGGCCCCCCUAGCAAUGGCAACACCCCCGCUCACCAUCUGAACAACAACAAUAACAUUGACAAAAAUGUAAAAGUUGAUUUACAGCUGCCACCGUUUGUCGAUGGUGGUGGUGGUGGUGCCGCUGCCGUCGGAGCUGGAGCUGCACUUGGACUAGGCAUGGGCAUGGGGAUUGUCAACAAGGCGCGUUCGCGUGGCACUGCUUUCAUCUUUAAGCGCAUAUUUUUGCAUUUGUUAUUGCUAAGCUGUGUUGGUCUAACCAUGCUGGGUUUUUCACUAUGGGGUGAGCCCUAUAAACGUGGAUUCUUCUGCAACGAUCACUCGCUGAUGCAUCCCUAUAAGGAAUCAACUGUACGCAGUUGGAUGCUCUAUCUCAACUGUGCAGCGUUACCCAUAGUAUUGAUUUUGCUAGUUGAGUUCUUCCGAGCUCAUGCGAAUGCGCAGCAUCUAAAAGUGAGCCUAAGAGAGAGCACGGGCUACUAUUUGUGCCACUUGGAGCUGCCAAGUUGGCUGUUGGCCUGUUAUCGCUAUGUAGGCAGCUUUGUCUUCGGUCUGGGACUGGAGCAGCUGACAACAGAUAUAUCCAAAUAUGCAGCAGGACGACUGCGGCCGCAUUUCUUUGCUCUCUGUCAGCCUGUCAUGCCCGAUGGCACUAACUGCAGCCAUGCCCGCAAUCUGGGACGCUAUAUAGAAAACUUUAGCUGUAGUGCAGCUGCAAUGAGCGCCAAGCGUUUAAAGGAUAUGCGUUUAUCCUUUCCUAGCGGACAUGCAAGCUUUGCUUGCUAUUCAAUGAUCUUCUUAGCGAUAUAUUUACAACGUCGCUGGCAAUUGUCAAGCAAUCGGCUGCUGCGUCAUUUGCUGCAGUUUAUUUUAAUAUUAUUUGCCUGGUAUACGGCACUAACGCGAGUUUCGGACUAUAAACAUCACUGGUCGGAUGUGCUGGCGGGCUCAGCAAUUGGAUUCAGCUAUGCGAUUGUUGUGUCCAUCACUAUGUGAAAGCUCGAGAAAAUUUUGCUAAAAUUUUCCAACGAACUUGGCUUUAACUAUAACUUGUGCAAAAUGCAGUUUUACUUAGCUUUUAGACUAAACUUAUAGUUUUAACAAACAAACAUAUUGUCAUCGUUUUUCAUUUGUCAAACUCAUUUUUUAAAUAUGCAAGCA